AUGGCCAGAGACGGGACGACUGAUGAGAUGCGCAACAUCCAGCAGGAAGAAGCAUCCGGGCUGAUCGCGGAGGAAGAGGAUUUCGAGCUGACGGAUGAAUCUGGCAACGGAGCUUUGGACUAUGCCAUCCUUCGAGAGGAUGUAGCCAUGGAGACGUGGCUUUGUUCUCGUGGAGCUCGCUCCCCAAACGGGCGAGCAAAGCUCCAUCGCCAAGCCGUGCGCAAGGCCCAUGGCAACAGCUUGGGUAACAGCUUGAUGAGCGUGGGUCUUUCAGAGAUGUCUCACCCCUAG